AUGCUGAAGGGCUCCGCGCCCCCUCAGAGGCGGCAGCGGGAACGGCCCGCCGCGCCGGCCCCCAGCCCCGCCGGUCCCGGCUCGCCCGCCGCGCCCGAGCCCGCCGCCUACAAGCUGGAGGACCUGGAGACCCUGGCCACCGUGGGCACAGGUACCUUUGGGCGCGUUCAUCUGGUGAAGGAAAAAAUGGCCAAACGUUACUUUGCACUGAAAGUAAUGAGCAUUCCUGAUGUCAUUCGACUGAAGCAAGAGCAACAUGUGCACAAUGAAAAGUCAGUCUUGAAAGAAGUCAACCACCCCUUUUUGAUCAGAUUAUUUUGGACCAACCAUGAUGAACGUUUUUUAUAUAUGUUAAUGGAAUAUGUGCCAGGAGGAGAACUUUUUAGUUACCUGCGCAACAUGGGGCGUUUCAACAACAGCACAGGACUGUUCUACUCUACAGAAAUUAUUUGUGCAAUAGAAUACCUGCACUCCAAAGAAAUAGUUUACAGAGACUUAAAACCUGAAAAUAUAUUACUAGACAAAGAAGGACAUAUCAAGCUUACUGAUUUUGGAUUUGCUAAAAAGCUGGUGGAUAGGACAUGGACGCUCUGUGGCACUCCAGAGUACCUUGCACCAGAAGUUAUACAAAGCAAAGGCCAUGGAAGAGCUGUGGAUUGGUGGGCCCUAGGAAUUCUUAUAUUUGAGAUGUUGUCAGGGUUUCCUCCGUUUUUUGAUGACAAUCCAUUUGGUAUAUAUCAGAAGAUUCUUGCUGGCAAAAUAGAUUUCCCGAGGCAUUUGGAUUUAUAUGUAAAAGACCUUAUUAAGAAGCUGCUUGUGGUAGACAGGACAAGACGAUUAGGAAAUAUGAAGAAUGGAGCAGAUGAUGUGAAGAGACAUCGAUGGUUCAGGUCUAUAGACUGGGAUGCUGUACCUCAAAGGAGACUAAAGCCUCCCAUAGUACCAAAAGUAUCCAAUGAUGGGGAUACUUCCAAUUUUGAAGCUUAUCCUGAAGAUGACUGGAACAAGAUGCCUCCGGUACCCCCUAAAGAUCUAGAAAUUUUCAAGAACUUCUGAAUGCGACAUCUACACUGGAUGAGAAACUGGAAGGAAAUUGAAGUGCUAAGAGCAAGUCUGAAGAGAAAUGGAGUUCAUGCAUAAAUGAAGACUUCCUUUGUAGAUAAGAAUGAUACUGCAUUCAGAUAUGUAUUAGCAUAUAGUAAAUAUCUAAAGAGAUGGAGGCAGGCAAGAAUAACUUUUUGCUGUAAACAUUUGACAUUAGUUUAGUAAAUUGUAAUAUUGAUAGUCUACUCUGAAGUAGACUCACUAAAAUGGUAUAUUUCAGGAUUUUUUUUUUAACUUAUGGUUUAGUUAAGUUUCCUGCUAUUCACAGAUCCUUUUUGCAUAGUUAACUCAUAGACUUAAUUUUAUAAGUUUAUACUAAACUUGUGUAAUUAAAAGCACAAAUUAGUAUAUAUGUAUAUAAUGAAUACAAUACAACUAAAGCACAGGAACUGUGCAAAGAUGUAAAUUUUUGUACUUUGCAGAGUCUAUGAUUUUUAUUUUUCAAAUAAUGUUUUUCAAGAAGUUCUCUAGGAAUAAAAAUCUUAAAAGGAUAAAUGAGUUUUUCAUCAUCUUAUAUACAUUUUAUAAUUCUUUGUAAAAAAUAAAAAUAAUUAAGUUUUAAAAAAGAUUUGUACCUAAAAUUUCCAAUGCCUCACACUUGCAACCAUAGUACUUGAAAGCAGAAAGACAAGGGCAUGUUUUAUUGUUGAUUAAGAUGCAACUUAAUGGCUAAUUUAUGAAGUUCUGUUACAGUGAUGUCUCUUUACAAACCAGGAUAUUGAGUGAUUAUACACUGUCUGAAAUGAGAUUCCUCACAUGAAGACUCUCUGUAAAGACGCAACUCAGUGCAUACUGAUAAAAGGGCUCUAACUGGCUCUUAAAGGAGUUGUUCUCUCUCAAGCGUGCUGUCUUCUCCAAAUGUAAAGCAUGAGCCAUAACAGACUUUUUUCAUUAUUGAAAUAGUUGUUUUUGAAUGCUUGGCACUUCAGAAUAUCAGAGGGAAGACUGAAUAUAUAUUAGAGUCUGAUUUUUCUGCUCCUGCUUUUGGAAAUGUCCUAAAGUCUCUGCUGCCAGGAAUUCCCUAUGUACAGAGUUCAAACCUUAGAUGUAAGGAGUCUUUUUUCAUCCUGUACUAACAGCAUUCUAGCAGCUUGAGUACACUGUAUUUAGGAAGUAUUUGCAAUACUGCUUCAUUUUAAGUAGCACCAAAUAUCGGUAUGUGCAUAUGUAUGUAUCUAUGUAUAUGAAUACACAUAAACAUGAAGGUAGAUUGUAUACAAGUCAGGAUCUUUUUUUAGCUUUUUUUCAUGUUGCGUAUUGUGAAACUUGUGUUGAUACAGGGGAAUUGAUUCUGAAGUGCUUCGAUUUCAAAAAGUAAUUACAUUCUUUCAGAUGUUGUGGGUUUAGAUAACUUUCAGUGAAAUUAUGAUAUUUAGACCAAAAAUAUUUUUUUCAAAAGCAUAUCAGCUCACUGGAAUUCCACUACUAUGGCUGAUGGCUCUACAUAAAACUCUUUAAGUAGAUCAUACAGAUAGUUUCUCCCACAAAUGGCUCUCUACAUUUUUGAUCUGAAAUGCCAUAAGAAAUGUAGGCCAAAGAUUCAUUUUUCCGAACUAAAUCCUGAAUGCUUAUGAAGUAGACAUUCUAGUAAUCGCUACUGAAAUUGCCUUGUUUAUAAUUUUGACAGAUCUGCAGCUGGAGUCUCUUCAUGAAAAAGUGACCUCCAUUUUCUUUUGUUUAGCUCUAAACAGUACAGAAAUGCUGUUGAGAGCUUGCAGUUUCUAGGGUAUUAGAUCUAUUUCUUCAUAAAGCAAGUCUAACUUUAAGAGAUUGCAUAACUGCAAAAAUGCACAAUAUUUAACAAAAUCAGGAUACUUCAAAGUACUAAUUCUGGAAUAUCAUAAAGUCUUCUUGAUGUUAUGUAAGUGUCCCCCAGCUACUACUCAGUAAAUACUGUGUAAGAAUGUAUAAUGUAAUACAGGAAAAUCCAUGGAAAAUCAUCAU